ACAAAUUUUACUUCAUUGAAAACUCCAGCAGUUGUUAAAUGAAUACUUGACAAAGAUCAAAUUUAUACAGGAAGUGCACUUUUACAACAUCUACAGGCAUUGGGUCAGAAACCGGUUAAUGUUUAUGCCGCGGGACAAGUGCCGAUGCCAGUUCACGCACCGAAUGCUCCACUAACAGUCACAACGAACUUGCCGUUUGCUGGAAGUGCUGUAUGCACACAAGCUCGUCGUUUGUACCUUGGCAAUAUACCGUUUACUGUGACGGAAGAGAAUAUGAUGCAGUUCUUCAAUAAGCAGAUGAGAGCUCAAGGUCUCAUUCAGGCGGAGGGGAAUCCAAUAAUUGCCGUGCAGAUCAACAUGGAGAAGAACUUUGCCUUCCUUGAGUUCCGUUCUAUCGAUGAGACAUCUCAAGGAUUGGCACUCGAUGGUGUAUUGUUUCAAGAUCAAGCACUGAAACUCCGUCGGCCCCGUGACUAUGCUCCCCUACCCGGUGUAUCAGAGCAACCUUCUGUCAUUGUUCCUGGAGUGGUCAGUACUGUCGUCCAGGAUUCCCCACAUAUAAUAUUUGUCGGUGGUCCUCCUAACUAUCUGAAUGAGGACCAGUUGAAAGAGCAGCUGGUGAGCUUUGGCUCUUUAAAGGGGUUCAACCUCGUCAAAGAUGGCUCGACCGGUUUGUCGAAAGGUUAUGCCUUCUGUGAGUAUGUGGAUGCUAAUGUCACAGAUCACGCGUGUGCCGGUCUUAAUGGCAUGCAGUUGGGUGACAAGAAGCUGAUAGUGCAGAGAGCGAGUGUUGGUGCCAAACACACAACCAAUGUCCUACCUCAGAGUUUGCUACAACUACCUGGUCUGGAAGACGGCACAGUUCAGAACACAACUGGUUCGGGUAAUAUCACCAUCCGUAGUGGUGGACCACCGGCUGAAGUGUUGUGUCUAAUGAACAUGAUCGAAACGUCAGAACUGGAGGAUGACGACGAGUACGAAGAUAUAGUGGAAGAUGUGCGCGCAGAAUGCAGUAAGUAUGGCGUAGUUCGGAGUCUGGAGAUAUCCCGUCCAAUUCCUGGAGUUGAGGUUCAUGGAAUCGGGAAAAUAUAUGUCGAGUUUACCAGUUUGAUUAACUGCCAGAAAGCCACGACUGCAUUGACUGGUGGGAAGUUCAACCAGUGUUUGGUUGUCACUUCCUUCUUCAACCCUGACAACUGCCACCGAAGGGAAUUUUAACCAUAUCUAACUAUGGCUGUUUUUAGUUGUAUAUAUGACACAUUUUAAACUGAAUGAAUUGACCUACAAAAAUAUCUUACAGCGAUUUAGUUCUGUCUUCUACUGUGAUUUGUGUGUGACGAGAGUUGGGGUAGUCCAACGAAGAGAUCGUCUUCUGAUGAGGUGAGGUGUCUCGCCGAGUAAAGGUGCAUAUGUGUAUUUUUUAGUACGGUGCUACUGUCAAUGUAGUUGAAGAAUGAACGAUCAUUUCAUGGUUGUUUACUCAAAACAAACUCCACAUUUUGGGGGGGAGUCACCGAUACUGCAGUCAUCGUUCCAUCGUACGCUGUUCGUUAGAAGACGGAGAAAUACUACCAGAAGUAUUAUUGUGAUUAAUUGUUAUGACAUUUAUUCUUCGACUUUGUG